AUGGUGACGGCCCUUGUGUCCACAUCAAAGCGAUUAAAAUCUACGUUGUUGGUUGUUUAUUGUUUCAGUGAGAAAAAGUACGCGCAGAUUGAGAAGAAGGCGCUCGGAAUCGUGUAUGGUGUGACCAAGUUCCGUAAGUAUCUCUACGGACGGAAGUUCGAACUCUACACUGAUCAUGAGCCACUGACCAAGAUCUUUGGGCCACACACGGGUGUGCCCACACUUGCAGCGUUGCGCUUACAGCGAUGGGCGUUGAUUUUGAUGGCGUACAAUUACACCAUUCACUACCGCAGAUCAGCCAAGAAUGCAAAUGCGGACAUGCUGUCUAGGUUUCCUAUGGAUGGUGCACGUGUAGCUGUUGAGAGACAGGUGAAUUAUUUCAGUCUGGCAGAUGAGCUGCUAGUUGCUGCGAGGGACAUAGCUGAAGAAACCCGGAACGAUCCGGUUUUAUCGCGUGUGUUCUUGUACGUUCUGAAUGGCUGGCCGAGAGAACUACCUGACAGUAGUCUGCAGCCAUAUUGGAACCGCCGUGAGGAACUAUCUGUAGAUCAAGGAUGCAUCUUGUGGGGGUUGCGCAUCGUCAUACCUCUUAAGUAUAGACAAAGAUUGUUGUCAGAACUACACCAUGAGCACUGGGGUGUGGUUAAGAUGAAGGCUAUGGCUCGUGGGUAUUUGUGGUUUCCAGGACUCGAUCAGGACAUUGAGACUUUGGUGAAUGCAUGUGACGCUUGCCUGGCUAUGAAAGACAAGCCAGCCCCUGCCCCACUGAUUCCAUGGCCAUAUCCAACCAGCUUUUGGCAGAUAGUCCAUGUUGACUUUGGGUUCGUUGAGCGUGUGAAUUACUUCAUGCUGAUUGUUUCAUACAGCAAGUGGGUAGAGAUCGAGUUGAUGAAAACGGGCACUACUUCUGAGAAAACUAUUUGUACAUUUCGUAGUUGGUUUGCGCGCCUAGGUCUUCCUUUAACUUUGGUUUUAGAUAACGGGCCCAAGUUCAAUGCGAAUGAAUUUGCCGACUUCAUGCGCAGAAACGGAAUUCAGCACAAGUUGGUACCGCCGUAUCAUCCCCAGUCAAACGGAGCAGCGGAGAAUAUCGUGAAGUCAGCGAAGACCGCGUUCAAAAAGCAUUUCCUGGCGGGGGAGAAAGGACAUGAGCAACGUCGUACCCCUCAGCAGCGCGUUGAUAACUUCUUGUUGACAUAUCGCACUACACCCCAUACUGUGACUGGGGUAAUCCUGGCUGAGUUAGUGUUCAAACGUCCGUUGAGAACACGGUUCUCCUUACUACGUCCAGAUCUGAACAAGACUGUGACAGAAAAACAGGACAAGAUGGUGAAAAAUCAUGAUAACCGUGGUGUCAAGGCAUGGGCUUUUGUCCUCAAUGAGAUUGUGCGCGUGCGCAACUUCCGAAAUGGAAGGGAGAAACGGCUCCCAGGUCGUGUGGUCAAAAUUCAAGGACCACAGUCGUACAUUAUGGAGGUUGGUGGCCGAUGUAGAUUUGUACACGUGGAUCACCUACUUCGCAGUGGAGAACUUACAUUGGAAGCACAGGAAGAACCAGAUCUCAUGCCAGACAUGCCUCUAGUGCAACCUGAGCGUCUGGCUCCAGUUCAGGCACCAGGCCAUGUGGAACCUCCUGCGGGACCCGCUCCAUUACCUGUUCCUGAGAACACCGCUGUUGCCAGUCCAGCCCCAGCUCCGAGGAGAUCUGAACGUGCAAAAAACCACCUGAGCGUUUGA